CAUAAUUCCUAGCGGGGAACACAUCCGGAAGUCCUUCCAGAAACACUCCGGUCGUAUCACAGUUCGGUCGCUUCUCUGUCAGCCUAGCACAGCCAGGAACUGCUCAUAUCAGCGACUCAUGCUGCUGUUUUGAACAUCAGCACAGCAACUCAGGUAGCUCGCGUGGAGCACGCAGGGUGAUUGUCAGACAUGGAGCGCGUCAUGGGAGGAGGAGUGCUUCAGCUGGUUUUAGCAAGUGCGGGGCUCUUGCUGCUUUAUCGGAUACUGCUCCGCCUCAGACCAGGAGCUGCUCUGCAGGACGCCGUGGUGGUCAUCACUGGGGCCAGCUCUGGACUGGGGAAAGAGUGUGCCCGGGUCUUUCACGCUGCAGGCGCACGGCUGGUGCUGUGUGGACGAGAUGCAGCUCGUCUGCAGCAGGUGGUCCAGGAGCUUACAGCAAGUUCAACAGGCUCACAGAGGCAGACGUACACUCCCAGCACCGUUACCUUCGACCUUUCUGACACCGACACGGUGGACCGAGCUGCAGAGGAGAUCCUGAAAUGUUACGGACAAGUGGAUGUCCUCAUCAAUAAUGCUGGAAUCAGUUACCGCGGCAACAUACUGGACACCCACCUCUCAGUUCAGCGGGAUGUCAUGGAAACAAAUUACUUUGGGCCCAUUGCUCUUACUCAAGCUCUCCUGCCCUCCAUGGUUCGUCGGCGCAGUGGCCACAUCGUUGUCAUCAGCAGCGUCCAGGGCAAGAUAGCCAUUCCUUACCGAUCAGCUUAUGCCGUCUCUAAGCACGCCACCCAGGCCUACUUCGACUGCUUACGGGCCGAGAUCGAACGCUACGGGAUUCCAGUGACCGUGAUCAGUCCUGGGUACAUCAAAACCAGCCUGUCGGUCAAUGCUGUCACAGGAGACGGCUCCAAGUAUGGAGUUUUGGAUAAAACCACAGAGAUGGGUCGGGACCCCGGAGAUGUGGCUCAGGCGGUUCUGAAGGCUGUCCGUCAGAGGAGCAAAGACGUCGUUCUGGCGGGACCUCUGCCCAGUCUGGCCAUUUACCUCCGCACACUGUGGCCCGCGCUCUUCUUCAAACUCAUGUCCUCUCGCGCUCGCAAGGAGCAGAAAAAAGACGAGUGAUCCAUCAGCAGGGGGAGGACCACGACGCUCAUGGGGAAACAUUAAGAGGCACAUGGACGAAAAACAUGAAAAGAGACUGCUUCACCUGGAGGCCAAAUGGACGGGAGGUGUGAAUAGAUGCAGCUCUUCGUUAACCCCAAACAAACCAGAAACAUGUAUGUUGUAACAGGACCUACAGUGUGGUGAGUGACUUUCAUGUUAAUCACCCUUAAAGGCCUGCAGUAUCACAUUUGAAUGACUGAAAAAGAGAACGGGUGAGAUUUAAUGUGUAAACAUCACUUAAUCUACCAAAAAAUACAGGAUUUGAUAAAAAUAUCAUGUAUGCUGUUUUGGCAGAGGAUCUACCCACAACAGUUGCAGAAAGAUAUAUAAAAAACUAAAUCACACUAAACGAUCUUGUAUCUUUAAUGGAGAUGUGGUUCAGCACCUGACAUGUUUCUGGGUCAGCUGUACCGUGUGGCAUCAAAGCACAAAGUGAUUUUAACACAUGUAGAGGAAGGACAUUCUGCUCAUCGCUGCCCAGGAAAAAGCUUUUUUUGUGGUCAGUUUGAUUUCCUGUUUGGUUCAAGCUGUUUUCAACUAAUGUUUUAUUGCUUAGUCAGUCCAGAUGAGUAACAUCACAACCCACUCCUGUAUUUCUGUUAGUAUAUUCCUGUUGAGAUCAUUAAAUGAGCCUUUUUGUUUUGAUGAGUG